GCGAGGCUGAGUGGCUGAAGCUGGGUGAUUGGCCGCCGGUCCGGCGCUACAGAAGCCGCUACCUCGGAGGGGCUUGACAGUGAUCAAAGCUUGACAGACCGACAGCUGCUACGGAGGGUCUAAACAACCCCACCAAGCAUUAAAAUGAGGCGAGGGGUAGGUAGGAUGAGCACGUCUUACUGAUAAGUGACCGACACCCAACAAAAACUUGUCAUUAAGUACACAACAGCUCCCAGCUCGCCUUCUCAAUACUUCUCACCAUAUCCUCAAGACCGCACUGUAGCCGCCCUCAAAAUGGCCAACCUUCCUCCCGUCUACAUCGUUUCUGCCGCCAGAACCCCCGUCGGUUCUUUCUUGGGGUACGAAUGAGUCCACCCACCGAGACAAGCUGUCUUGACCGCUUAAAACAAGAAGGCUGACAUCUUUUCUCCUCUCCCAGCUCUCUGUCUAGCCUCAGUGCCACUCAAUUAGGUGCACAUGCCAUCAAGGGUACGCGAAUGUCUUACCAAAGUUCCAGGACGAGACACGGGGCAAACCAAUGCUUACUCCUCCACAGCUGCCGUCGAGCGAGUUCCCCAGAUCAAGCCCGAGGAUGUCGAAGAGGUUUUCUACGGCAAUGUUCUGUCCGCCAAUCUUGGACAGGCCCCGGCGCGCCAAUGUGCUCUCGGAGCUGGCCUUUCACAGGGCGUUGCUGCCACGACCGUCAACAAGGUCUGCGCCUCGGGCAUGAAGGCUAUUAUUCUCGGCGCCCAGACUAUCAUCACUGGUAACGCUGACAUUGUUGUCGCUGGUGGCACUGAGUCCAUGACGAACACCCCUCACUACCUCCCCGUUCUUCGUAACGGCGCCAAGUACGGCGACCAAACCCUCGUCGAUGGUGUCCUCAAGGAUGGCCUGACUGAUGCUUACGGCAAGAAGGAGCACAUGGGCAUGGCCGCCGAGCUUUGUGCCAAGGAGCACGACAUCACCCGCGAGCAGCAGGAUGAGUACGCCAUCGACACCUACAAGAAGGCACAGGCCGCCACUGAAGCCGGCGUCUUCUCCCAGGAGAUCGCUCCCAUCGAGGUCUCCGGUGGCCGUGGCAAGCCUAACAUCAAGGUCGACCGUGACGACGAGGUCAAGAACCUCAACGUUGACAAGCUCAAGGCCAUGCGCCCGGCCUUUAUCCCCAACGGUGGCACUGUCACCGCUCCCAACGCCGCUCCCCUCAACGACGGCGCUGCCGCUGUCGUUCUUAUGUCCGAGGCAAAGGUCAAGGAGCUCGGUGUUACCCCCAUUGCCAAGAUCCGCGGCUGGGCCGACGCCGCACGUGAGCCGGAGCGCUUCACCAUUGCUCCUGCUUUGGCCAUCCCCAAGGCCAUCAAGCACGCCGGUCUCACCGAGAAGGAUGUCGACUUCUACGAGAUCAACGAGGCUUUCUCCGUCGUUGCCCUUGCCAACAUCAAGUUGUUGAACCUUAACCCUGAGACGGUCAACGUCUUUGGUGGCUCCGUCGCCAUCGGACACCCUCUGGGCUGCUCCGGUGCUCGCAUUGUCACCACCCUCUCGACCGUCCUUCGUGAGAAGAAGGCCAAGAUUGGUGUUGCCGGGAUUUGCAACGGCGGCGGCGGUGCGUCCGCCAUUGUCAUUGAGAGCCUGCAAUAAAGCAAGGAGAGCAAUUAAAAAUCCACCCCUCUAAAUCUACGCCAUCUCGGAGGUCUUAGUUCAUGCAGUGCGGCUCAAGUAAUUGACUCAGGCUGCCGCAUGGGAGCCGUGGCCUGGUAAAGCGCGCACAGCCAGUGUCGUGCCGCCUGGGAUAUUGCACUAUUUUCGGGCCCUUUUCUGUAGUUAUUUGACGUAAAGGAAGAGCAUGAAAGUUC